AUGCUCGCCGGAAUUGGCACCACUAGAACCGACUAUGUGAUUCUAUUCAAGGAUCCCGAGUCAGUUGUAUUGGCGCGAGCCAAUAUCGAGUGGUUAAACAAGCUAGGAAACAACACGAAUUUAAUCAAGCCUCGGUUCGGCAUCGUACACCGCACAUCGACAGAGCUUCAACCUAGAGAGCGCAAAUGCCCAGGUUGUUGA